AUGUCAAGCACAGUGACAGUAACCAAGAUGAAGCUAAAGCUGAUAAAAACAAGGCGUGUGACUUGGACAAAGGAAACUGUUGACAAUGAGGGAUUAGGAAAGAAGAAGAGUAAAAUAUGCUGCAUAUACUGCUCAAAGGGGAAGGAUAGGGACAAAAAUAAGUAUGAGCGUCUUUAG